GUGGGAGGAAGGAUCGUAGCUGAUUUGCACUCCGUCUUUCCACUCUUAAAUGAUAAGCUAGGUAGCUACAUUUUCAUUUUAAGAGAAAAUGAGAGUAACAUACAUAUUGUAUGUUUUGAUAUCGAGUGUACUUGUGAAUGCGUUCGAACCAAUCUCAACCACAAUUGUCGGUGCGGGAGUAACAUUAGGCCUAGCAGCAGUGGGGAAGAAAAUGUACAAUCAUUUACAUGAAAGUUGCGAGUCAAAAUGGGUUGCUUUUAAUUCAACAGGUUUGGAAGUGGCCCUAGAUCAGAAGCUGUUUGGUCAACAUGUUGCCUCCAGAGUCAUCCAGAAAGCUGUAACGGGUUUCAUGAACAAUAAAAACCCUAAAAAGUCCCUGGCGCUCUCUCUGCAUGGCUGGACUGGCACAGGGAAGAACUUAGUCAGCCAGUUGAUAGCUGAAAACAUCUACAAGGAGGGCAUGGCCAGCAGUUUCGUCCAUCAGUUUGUGUCUACAGCUCACUUCCCUCAUCUGAGUCAGAUUGAGAACUACAAGUCUCAGCUGCAGCAGUGGAUCAAAGGCAACGUCACCAACUGCCCACGUUCCAUGUUCAUCUUUGACGAGAUGGACAAGAUGCAUCCUGGCCUAAUCGACUGUAUAAAGCCCUACUUGGAUUACUACGAAUAUCUGGACGGGGUCUCCUACCGCCAAGCCAUCUUCAUCUUCCUCAGCAAUGCUGGAGGAGAGCACAUCACGCAGGUGGCUCUGGACUUCUGGAAAGCAGGCCGAGACCGAGAGGAGAUCAAGCUGCAACACUUAGAACCAGCUCUCUCCCUGUCCGUGUUCAACAACAAGCAGAGUGGGUUGUGGCACACCAGUCUGAUAGACAAGAACCUAGUUGACUUCUUCAUCCCUUUCCUGCCUCUGGAGUACAGACAUGUGCUGCUGUGUGGCAUGGCAGAGAUGUCCGCCAAGGGCCUGGAGCCCGACCAGGACGUGGUUGACCAGAUGGCCAGAGAAUUGGUCUAUUUCCCCAAGAGUGAUAAGAUCUUCUCCGUCAAUGGCUGCAAGACCAUCGGCGGCAAGCUAGAUUACUACACAUAGUGUGUGUUUGAGAUCGACCAAGUUGCUGCCGGCGGUUGCAGACUGACCAAUCUAAUCAUAAUGAGUAGUAAUUUAGGAUGAAAGGUGGUUUGUCGGUCUGAUCAGUCUGUCUGCAGUUGCUGACUGUAAUGUAGACGAUCUCAGAGGGAACAGCUACUGUAUCUAUCUACCUCCUACUCUACUGUGAGCUCUUUCUUAAUGAGAACAUCUCCGCCAGUCGGGGUGAAGUCAGUGACUGAACCCAGAAAGGGAAUGAUGACCUGCCCCCCAGGUCUCCCAAUGUCAACACAACCAUGUGGAGGACAUCAACGGUCUCUCUCUGAUGGCACUCCCUGAAGAUGAACCAAUGUACUACUGAGAGAGGGGAGGUUGAAUUGAAGGAGAUAAAAAAAAUCACACAGGGAAGUGUUUAAAGUUAUCAUUUUUAUCCAAUCAAUGUGCUUGAUCCUAAUUUAUAUAUUCUGUAAAUGAGAAUCUCCAAAAACUAUAUAUUUUUUUUCAGGGAAUUCUGCUGCACAUGAACUCAGUGGCAAUUGAAAACUAGUUGUAUAUUAGAAACAAAUGUGGUUUAAAGCUACAAUCUGUAAUAAUUUGUGAAAUCAAACGGCAGCCCUGCCACUCGGUUUGCUGUUAAUCUUAGGGAUACCAGGGCCAGAGAAGUGUAACCACUCUCUCCAAAUGAGUGUGCUAUGGAUGCAAGUCCAUGAGAUCAAUGUGAUAGUUAAAUUCUUCAAAAUCAAUGUGUAAAUAUUGUUAAUUGAAAUAAGAAUUGAUCAGCUGUAACUUGCAGAUUGCACCUUUUUUAAUUGUCAUUAAACAUGAAAUAUUGUGCAUUUGUGGUGCACGGGAUGCCCAUAAAUUGUGUAUUUUAUAUCUGUCGUCAAUACAGACAUGGAAAUAUCCACCUUAAAAUGUACAUCUAUUUUGCCUUUGUUUUUUAUCCUUACUCAUUCACCAGAAGCAUUGUGUACAUUUACUGUGCAGUCCACACAUUUUUUCAUUUUUCACUUAUUUCAAGAUUGAUCCAGAUUUGUCCUAAAUCAUUUAAUUGAGUAGCCCAACAGCCCUGUGUCUGUAAAUUUAAUGUAUUUAAAAAAAAAAGAUAUAUAUAUAUAUAUAUAGCUUAAUUACAAUGAAACAAUUAUGUUUUUUUGUACAAUUGUAUACUGUGCCUUACAGUUGGCAUGCAGUUACUGUUCUCAAUCUAAACAAUGCACAAGAAAGUAUUACAGGAAGGAAGGUUCACUAUUUUUCAGUCAAAUGUUUUUAUGUAGUGAAAAUCUGUUUUUGUUUGACUUUUGUUUGAGUACAUGCAGUGGUAUAAAGUACUUAAGUAAAAAUGUUUUAGAGUACUACCUAAGAAGUUUUCUUUUGUAUCUGUUCUUUACUAUUUGUAUUUUUGUCAUUUUUUUAUUUCACUACAUUCCUAAUGAAAAUUAUGUCUGAG